CUAAACAUUGGUUAAUUCACCAACCUUAAUACUCACUCCAUAUCAUCAAAUCUAUAUCAAAGAAUUUGUGUUUGUUAAUAUGGCGACAGCAGCCUUCAAAUCCAACACAAAAAGAAGCAAUUCCACAAAUGAAAAACAGAAAACAAUAAGAAGAUCCUUAAGCGUCAACGCUGUAUCUCGAAGGUCAAUCAAUAAUAAUAAUAAUAAUGAAGAAGAAUUAUUCUUGAAUAAAAGAGACAACCCUCUGUACUGGGCAACUGGUGGGUCUCCUCCUGGCGACAAAAACGACACCUGUACUAGUCAAACUCAUUCUUCAUCACAAGUUGUUGCUCUUAGUGGGUCAGAGAGAGGUCGAUCCAUUAAGAGGAAUCCAGAUGUCAAAAUUGAUAAUGGCCGGAGGAGGAGUUUGUCUAGAGUGGCUGCUGCUAGUACUGAUAAUGGCCGUCGGGGCCGCUCCGUUUCGAGGCCUAAUUUUGAGAGUGAAACAGAACAAGAAUCAAGAGUUUCGAUAACUUACGGAGGCAGAAGUAGUUCCACUCGGCCAUUUAGUAGAACGGGGAAGGUUCCAGUUACUGGUGCUAACGCAUCUGACAGAAGAAGUUCCCAUCCAUCCCGCCAUCCUUCAUUUGACUCACAAGUGUCAAAUAUGGAAGAUAUGGUCUCCACCAGUUCUUUGUCUGAAGCAGAAGAGAAAACAAUUAAAGCUGUCUAUGAACAGAUGAAGUCAUUAGAAGGGAACAACUCGAGAAAACAAGUUGCCUCAAGUGAAAUAUAUGAAACUGUGAGAUCUGAAGUGAGACGUGCUAUUGCUGAUAUCCAAGAUGACCUUCAAGAUGCCAUCCGAAGGAAUACUACUGGUGCUCUUGUGAGUGCAGAUGUGACAGAUAUAUCCACCAAGUUGAUUAAUCCCGGGGGUGUUGAGUUAGUCUUUGACAUAAGAAGGGAAUAUGCCAAAGAACUUGAAGAGGCCCAAGAACGUGCUAGAAAACUUCGAUCUGAUUUGGCCAUCGAGGAGCAUCGCAAGCAGGAGUUAAGUAGAAUUCUCAAAGAGACACUUCCUGAACCCAAGACAUCUAGUUCGCAUAGGUCUCGGUUAGGAAGAAAAAGUAGCAGCGAAAGAAAGAAGAUGUCAAAACGCUUGACUGAUGAAGCAAUGUCCUACUUCGAUGAAUGUGUUUCAAUAUCAACAUUCGAUAGUUCCGAUUUCUCUGCAGCAGAAGAUCCAUCUGUAAACUCAGCUGUCACCGCUACUCCAACAACAGGCGCUGUCACUGGUCCAAACCGUUGGAUUAACCAACAGAUAAAUCAUGGCGACCUAGGAUCUAGCUCUGUGAUUGGUAGCAGCUCUAAUGAAUCCGUGAUAGAUAGAGUUGUAACUCCUGAUAUAGAACGAGAUAGGAAAUUUCGCUUCUCAUUUGGUUACAAACCAACGGAAUGCAUAGAGCUUCAACAUGACUUACAAAGUUACAUCAAAACUUUAGACAAAGACACCGGUUUAGAUGGAAUUUUAUUAGAAAGAUCCAAAGAUAAUUACAGUCUAGAUGCGUAUAACCUACUGGAGGUCAAGGAAAACUUGUUGUUUGAUAAGGUGUUGUCAAGAAAUCGACAAGAGUCUGGGAGUGUGCAUCUCUGUGGCGGGGUGGUGAUUCCAUUUUUGCCGCUGAACCAUCUUUAUUGAAGAUUGAAGACGUUGUAUUGUAAGUGCACUUCAUUGUAAUCAUGUUGUUUCUUCUUUCAUUUUUGUUAGUUAAGGUAUCAAAGAGCUUACAACAUGACAUUGUAUUAAUGUUAUGUAAUAUAAAUCUAUGUUAAAAAGUUGGCGAUUAGUGCAAAAUCAGUUUCUA